AUGGCAGAUCCAGUCAAUUACACUAUCGGCUGGAUUUGCGCUAUUAGCACUGAGUAUGUCGCUGCACAGGCUUUCCUGGACAAAAGACAUGGGCUUCCGGACCGCAUAUCUCCAGGAGACUGCAAUAAUUAUACUCUUGGUACAAUUGCAGGCCAUAAUGUUGUCAUUGCCGUCCUACCGAAUGGUGAAUAUGGAACCGCUUCUGCGGCGGUUGUCGCAACACAUUUGCUUCGCAGUUUUCCGAACGUUCGAAUAGGCCUGAUGGUUGGUAUUGGCGGCGGAGUCCCCAGUGCAAAGCACGACAUUCGACUUGGGGACAUUGUAGUCAGUUCUCCAUUUCAAGGACAGGGCGGCGUGGUUCAGUAUGAUUUUGGGAAAGCCAUUCAGGGGCAGAGCUUCCAACUUACCCGAUUUCUGAACCAACCACCCAUGAUUCUGCAAACUGCGGUGAGUGGGUUGAGCUCGCUAUAUGAGAUUGAAGGCCAUAAUCUUCAUGAGGCUGUUUGCGACGUUCUUGAGCAAAAACCCAGGCUGCGUGGGAAGUAUCAGCGACCAGACCUUAGCACAGAUCGACUAUAUCAUAGCAAUAUCGUCCAUCCAUCGAGUGAUAAUCAAGCUGCAGAAUGUGUAGUGGCCUGUGGAGACAAGCCGCCUAUGUUGGUUUCAAGGAAAAGCCGGGCAGAUGAUGAGGACAGUCCAAUGAUCCACUAUGGCCUGAUAGCCUCAUCUAACCAGCUGAUGAAGAAUGCAUUGACCAGGGAUAAGCUUGCAGCAGAAAAAGACGUGCUGUGCUUUGAAAUGGAAGCGGCUGGAUUGAUGAACCAUUUUCCCUGCUUGGUCGUUCGAGGCAUUUGUGAUUACUCUGACUCUCAUAAGAAUAAAGAAUGGCAAGGAUAUGCUGCAAUGGUCGCUGCAGCUUAUGCUAAAGAUCUUCUGCGACAGAUAGUUCCGAGUCAAGUGGAGGCAGAGAGAAAGAUAAUUGAUAUCAUGGCUAGUAUCCAGGGAAGCAUUGAAACGGUUGCAACGAAAAUCGACAGGAUUGUGGACAUUCAACAUGAUCAAAAUCAGCAAGCAAUCCUUGACUGGCUGCAUCCAAAUGACUAUUCUUCUCAACAAAACGACUUCAUUGCGAGUCGUCAGGAAGGAAGCGGAGAAUGGAUUUUGAAUUCGGAGAUGCAGCAUGCCUUGGCUACUACGAAUGAUGCUUCAUUAUUAGAUCUUGACAAUAUUACUGAAAUUGUGCUUCUUGUCUCGGUGUGUGCGGGCCUCGUGACUGUUGAUGUGAAAAGCAACAUUGUCCGAUUGGUUCACCACACAGCGAUGGAGUAUUUUGAUCGAACAAGGACUAAAUGGUUUCCGUAUGCCCAGGACGAGAUUACCCAGACAUGUGUGACAUAUCUCUCGUUUCAAGAGUUUGAAACCGGACCAAGUUCCACACCAAAUGAGUACAGAGCUCGAAUACAGACAAAUGCUCUGUAUGAAUAUGCAGCGACAUAUUGGGGCUAUCACGCUCGAAGUUCCUCCAUUGAAGAUGGUAAUUCAAUACUCGACUUUCUUGGAAGCAUAAGCAAAGUCUCAGCGAGCGCCCAGGCCAUGAUCUACCAUGAACUCGGUUACUACGAUGACAUUCAGAUGCACGGUACACACCUUGCAGCAUACUUUGGACUUGCAGAUUCUGUGUUAGCUUUGAUUAAAAGGCAGCAUGAUGUCAACCCCAAGGAUAAAUCUUUUGGUCGGGCACCGCUCUCAUAUGCUGUAGAAAAAGGACACGAGGCAGCAGUUAAAAUACUUCUAUCUCACAAUGCCGAUGUUCAGGCCAGAGACAAAUCCGGGCGUACAUCGCUUAUUUGGGCCUCCGAAAAGGGGUUCGAGGCAAUAGCGCAACUGCUGAUAGACAAAAAUGCAGAUGUCAGAUCCAGAGAUAGGGAUUUUGGCCGUACCUCGCUUUCAUGGGCAGCAAGAAAUGGCCAUGAAUUAGUGGUGAGACUGCUGCUCAACAAGAGCCCUGAGAGAGUCAAUUCAAAGGACAAAUCCGGCAAUACUGCACUUACUUGGGCAUCGAGGUAUGGUCACUCGGCAGUGGUCAAGCUGUUGCUCGACAAAGGAGCGGCUAUCGAGGCUACAGAUGAGUUUAACCGGACACCGCUUUCGUGGGCUGUGAUCAAUGGUCAUCUGUCAGUCGUAGAAUUGCUUCUUAUCAGAAAUGCACAUGUUGAUUGUGUUGAUAUGUUGAAACGAACGCCACUGUUGUGGGCUGUGGAGAAGAAACAUAACGAGAUGGUAGAGCUAUUACUGCAGAAGAACGCUGGCCCUCAUGAUCAGGCUAGCACUGGCCAAACUCUCUUAUGGGCUGUCAAGGAUCACGACAUUGCGUUGGUGGAACUUCUUUUAAAAAAAGCAGCUCCGAUUGACGUCCAGGAUAUGUAUGGCAGGACACCUCUCUCGUGGGCGGCAAGAGAUGGAUCUGAGGGUUUGGUGAAGCUGCUACUCGCCAAUAAUGCUCAAAUAAAUCUCCGUGAUAAAUUCGAUAAAACUCCUAUUUUCUGGGCGGUAGAAAGGGGACAUGAGACUAUCACAAAGCUGCUGAUCGACAAUAACGCUGAUAUUGAACUUGCUGAUAAAACUGGCCGAACACCUCUCCUAUGGGCUACGAUCAUUGGACGCGAGAAUAUCGUAAAGUUGCUACUGGACAACAGUGCUUCCAUACAUAGUUCUGAUUUCAGUUUCCGUACGCCUAUCUCGUGGGCCGCAGGGAUCGGGUAUGAAAACAUUGUGAAGCUGCUACUUAACAAACGCGCUUUUUUUGAUUCUCUCGAAGCAGGUCGUCAAACACCGCUUUCUUUCGCUGCAACAAGAGGACAUGUCGGUGUUGUACAGCUGCUGCUUGACAGUGGAGCUGAUAUCGAUCAUGCUGACACUGCUAGCUCAACACCUCUCUCAAAAGCUGCAAGUCAGGGCCAUGAGGCUGUCGUAGGGCUGUUACUACGACAUGGGGCUUCUGCGAAUUGUACUGACUACAGAGAUCAAACCCCUCUCUCUCUGGCUGCAGAAAAUGGCCAUAUGUCCACAGUGAGGGCGCUGCUUGCCAAUAACGCCAAUCCCCGUUAUCAAGAUAUGUUUGGUCGAACUCCAAGUACAAUAGCGGCAGAUAUGGGUCAUGAGUCAGUGGCUAUUUUACUGUAUGAGGAAGAAUGCAAACGCCAGUCUAUUGAUGACGGCUCCGACAGUGCCGUCCCAUUGAGUCCAUGUGUUAAUUGUCUGAGAAACUAUACGAAGUGUGGCCGCGAGAAACCCAAAUGCUCCCAAUGUGAGGACACGAAAACCGAUUGCAUCUACAGCUCCACCCAGCCACAGCCACCUAGCCAAAUUCGCAAACUCUCGGUGCGGCAGAUUGAGGAGAGGAAUCUUUUAAGGGCGCAACUUUCUGAAAUGCUACUAUCUUCUCGUCGACGCUCACCGCCCGCUUCUUAUACUCAUCUGGCCCUCAGCACGUGA